CUGACCUUCCUUUCUUUGAUUAAUCAUUUCUUGUGUUACCAAAAGGUAUUUUUGAUUCUCGUUUUCUAUUUCAUUUGGAUUGUUUUGUAAAUUAGGCAUCGAGGAAGAUUCACCUUGACUUGGAAUUGUUGGAAAUUGUGUAUAAGGAUGGGGUGGGGGUUGAUGAUAUAUUGGUUGUUGAUGAAGAUAGGAUUGAAAGUGAUAGUCUUGGUUAUGUAUUUGUUGAGGAGGGUGUUGAUGAGGGAUUUGUUGAGACGAUUCACCUCGACUAGGAAUCAUUGGAAAUUGUGCAUAAGAAUGGUGUGGGGGCUGAUGAUGUAUUGGUUGUUGAUGAAGCGUUUGAGUUUGGUAAUCUUCGUUAUGCAGCAUUUGUUGCGGGAUUUGUUGAUGAGGGUGUUGAUGGUGGAUUUGUUGAGUGGGAAGUUGAUGAGGAUUUUGUUGGUUAUGUUCCCACAGAUUAAGAUUAUCUAA